AUGCAAAACCUCUUCAUUACAGCACCUGGAAUCGGGUUUCUGACAGCGUUGCAGUUCCUGUGGACUCUACUGGUCAUGGCGCUGGUCGGCAAUAUCAUCGCCGAUGCCACCAGCGGCAACCCAUCUAUCAUCAACUACGAUAUGUUUGUCGCAGUCUUCGCAAUGCUGUCAAUCAUCUUCUUGCUUGCAAGCGCAUUCACUGGAGUCAUGUCCGGCACACCAAUUCCACUUGCACUUGAUAUCCUGAACACGCUCUUCUUCUUCUGCGGUGCCGUCGCAAUGUCUGCUCAGCUUGGCGUACACAGCUGCAGCAAUGAAGGCUACGUCAACAGCAACGGUAUUACCAACGGCUCAGACAACAGACCAAAGCGCUGCCGAGAAUCACAAGCCACAACCGCGUUCAUGUGGUUCGCCUUCAUAACCUUUGCUGCCUCAUGCUUCUUCUCCGCCAUGAAUGCACGAGCCGGAGGCGUCAACCUCAGAGGCCACGGCAUACGCAAAGGUGGGCCCAGCAUGUCCCAGGUCUAA